AUGGAUUUAUAUUGUCAAAAAUGUUACAAACAAUUAGAAUUGGAUGAUAGUUUACUUGAUAUUGAUCAAAGUUUAUUCUUAAAAACGAAUAUACACGAGAUAAUAGAAGAAUUAGAGGAAUUAUCAUUGAAACCAGUUCCAAAAGAGAGAGAAACAUUAAUAUUAAAACAACAGCAACAACAAUUGUUACAACAACAAGAACAAGCAGCAGCAGCAGCAGCGAUACAAUCACCACAAACAGUCUCAAAAAUGAGUAAACUUAAAUCUGGUUUAUUUGGAAAGAGAAAAGAACUUACACAAAGUAACUCAACAACUCCAACAACACCCGCCACACCAACAGCAACACCAACAUCAUCUUCAUUAUCAUUACCAACACCUCCUCCACUACCACAACAACAACAACAGCAACAACAACAACAACAGCAAACUUUUAAUGACCAAAGUAAAUUAACAGCAACCACACCAACACAACCAACACCAAUUGAAGAAAAGAAACAACAAUCAUUUAAAACAUUUUAUCCAGCAGCACAUAGCAAUAAUAGUAGUAAUGGUAGCGAUCAUGGUGGAAAUGUUAAUACAACAGGUGUAUCACCAUCAUCACCAGGUGGUGGGGCUCAUUCAUUUGGUUCUUUAUCUCAACAUCGUUUGUCUUCUUCACUAUCACUAAAAUCAAUAAGUAGUGGUGGUGGUAAUAGUAGUAGUAAUCUAGUUGCUGAUAUAAAUAAUAAUAAUAAUAGUGUAAAUAAAGAUAAUAAUACAACAAUUAGUAGUAGCACAGUUACUACAAGUAAUAGUAUAUCAGAAUCAAAUAAUCAAGAUAGUAAAUUAUUAGUUGCAACUACUACAACAACUACAACAACUACUACAACAACUAUUUUAGCAACAAUACCAACUACCACAACAACCUCUACACCAACAACACCAUCAACUGUUGGAGGAACCACACCAUCACCACCAUCAUCAUCAUCAUCAUCAUCAUCAUCAUCAUCUGUAAUAACAUCACCAAUCAGUAGAAUAUCACCAUCCAAUAUAACCUCACCAUCGAAAUUAUCACAACAAUCAACGCCAAGACAAAGACCUCUAACAAUUGCACCAACAAAAUUAAAUAUAUCACAAGUUAGUAGUCCACAAAAGCCAAGAUUAAAAUAUUUAAGAACAAGUUCAAAAUCAUUAAGUAUGGCAUCAUUACCAGCGGUUGGUCCAGAUGGUACAAUAAUAGUUGAUGGUGGUGCUAGUAGUGGAACGGAAUCAACAUCAAUGACAAAUCAUCAUAGUUCAUUUUUAAAUCAAUCAACUUUACCACUUGGUAGUUCACCAGUCCAAACUACACCACCAUUAUUAUCAAAUAGUAUGAAUAAUAGUACAAAUAAUUUACAAUCAUUACAACAACAGCAACAGCAACAACAACAACAACAACAACAACCAAUAAGUGAAAAUAAUUAUUAUAAAUAUAUGAAAGGAUUAUCAUUAUUUAAAAUAGCGACAGAUUUAAUAAAUUAUGAUUUACCAUUAUGUUUAGAAUGUACAAAAUUAACAAUUGGAGAAUUAGAGGAUGAAGGAUCAAUUUUGGACGGUGAAGUAUCAAUUUAUAGUGCAUAUUUAAAACAAUUAGAAAAAGGUAAAACUGAAGAAGAUUUGGAGGAAUUGGGUAAAGAGAUGACAUUACUAUGUGAAGAGGAGGAACAAUUACGUUUAAUGAUUGAAAAUACACAUCAAGAGAGAAAAGAAGUUGAACAAUUAACAUUACAACUUCAAGAUAGAAUUGCAACGUUGAAAUCAUUGGAAGAUAGUUAUUGGAGUUGUUUUAGUGAAUUUCAUUAUGAAACUUUUAGAAAUAAAGACGAGAGAGAUCAAACCACCGUUCAAAUUCAAUGGGUUAAUGACCAUUUAGAAAGUUUAAAACAAACCAAUAUUCUCAAUGAUGCUUUCCAUCUAUGGCAUGAUGGUCAUUUUGGUACUAUAAAUUCAUUACGUCUUGGAAAGUUACCAAGUCAACCAGUGGAAUGGAACGAGAUCAAUGCAGCAUGGGGUUUAGCAGUAUCACUUUUGGAUGCAAUGGCAAAGAAGUUGAAAUUUAAAUUCCAACAAUUCACAUUGGUACCAAAUGGUAGUUGUUCAAGAGUUGAUAAAAGAGAUGUUGAUCCACCAUUGGCCUAUGAACUUUAUGGUACCAAUGAUAUUAGUUUAGGUCGUUUAUUUUGGUAUAGACGUUUCGAUAAUGGUAUGAUUGCUUUCCUUCAAUGCAUUAAAGAACUAUGUGAACAUAUCACUGAAAAAGAUCCAGAAUUCUCUGUUCCCUACAAAAUCGAUAAAGAAUAUAUAGGUGGAAUGUGUAUUAAAUUACAAUUCACAAAUGAUGAUACUUGGACAAAAUCUUUGAAAUUUAUGUUAACAAACUUAAAAUGGAUCUUAAUUUGGAUUGUUAAAAAUGAAACUUUAACUUUAUUUAAUAAUCAACAAUUUCAACAAUCAAAAUUAAAUAAUAAUCAAAAUAAUAAUAAUAUUAAUAAUAAUAAUAAUAAUAAUAUUAAUAAUAAUAAUAAUAAUAAUGUAAAUAAAAGGAAUUAA